AUCUUGAAUUCAUCCCUGUGGGCCCCAUAUGUUAUGGAAUAGCUUGCACAACGAUCAUUCGACGUAUGGCACUGCGAUGAACAAGAUGCAGAGACAAAGCCGGCGUAGCUCGGAGGUGGAGGUUGCGCUUAUGCGCCCUGUAAGCACAGCUGGCUAAUAGCCUCGGAGCCCGUCCCCGACACCCUGCAGCCACACCAGGUAACUUGAUGGAAAAUUAUGAGAUGGCCGCGGUAACGCAGGGCUUCUGACUUACUCUAUAGAUUAGCAGUUGGCGUGACAUGGAUGUGAGCUUCACGAACGUGUUAGAGGGGGCUCGCCAGUACUUCCAGGGACUGCCCGUACCGAGUACAGGUGGUGGCGCGGCCACGUCGGUGGAUCUCCACUCGACGUCCACCACGAAUCCCGCCUCGUCUACGUCGGUGACGACGCACGAUCAUGACGCACCGUCGCAGCCGACUCAAUCAACUCAGUCAAUCUCGACUUCCGCCAAUAGCAGCAACAGUAGCAACAGCAGCAACAGUAAUAGUAGUAAUAAUGUCCAGGAGUCGAAUCGUUAUUCUGCCGACGUCAGGCCUUCGUCGUCUGUGGAAAGUAGCAAUGCGGCUACCACAUCUAGUUUCUGGAAUCCACACGUGGAGCCAUAUGCGCCGCAGCCGACCAGGGUCGAAGUUCCGGAUACGAGGCCAGGCGACGAAAGCUCCGCCAUGGAGCCUAGUUCCUCUUCCUCGGGCACUGUCACUUUAACCGAGAUGCAACCCUCGAAUUAUCAUCAAUCCUCUUCUUCUGUUGCCGCAUCAUCGUCGAAUUUUUCGCAGAGACCGCCGCCGACGUCAUCGUCCUCAUCGUCGUCGACCACCUCUUCUAGCGAUCACAAUCAUCAUCACCAAUCACAGCUCUCGACGUCGAACUCGUCACAUCUGCAUCAAAUGCAACCGCCUCAACCCCCACAUUCCCCCGGACCGGUGUACCAGCAACUCAAUAAUGUCAGCAGGACGUCCUUCAGUGCGGCGGAGAUGCUCGCCUCUUCCUCGUCGCACUCCGCCUCAACUUAUCAGACUGUUAAUAAUGACAGGCAGUCGCAGCCGAUCGUCGCGCAAAGAACUCAGUACUAUCCACGUUAUCAUCAUCCAGACAUCACAAAAUGCGCACCAGCUCCGUAUUCGCAGAAUUCCAUCUAUCAGUCCGCCAACGUAGCGCAGCCUUCGAACAUGGUUCAGCAACCGAGCACGAGAUCGACGCCAGUGGAACAGAAUAAUACGACAUCGUCCAACGUUAUUACUCAAGGGCAUUGUCCGCCGGAACAGCAACGAAUAUCCGGUACUUACGGUAGCAAUAUGCCACUUGCUCAGAGUUCUCUCGGCGGAUCGAUGUACGGAUCCGGCUCUUCUUCAUCCUCUCAGAGUUACCGUUCCACGAGUCAGUAUCAGCAGCAGACCCAUCGUCUGGCCGCUUCCGCUUCGAGCAUCAGCGACAGGUCGGACGGAUUGCACUCUUCCACCGCCGCCUGUUCCUCAUCGUCGCAGGCGGUCAGCCCGCGUCAGCCUGGACCAGGAAGCUCCUCCUCCAAUCACAUUCCUUCGCAAUCGCAGUCACAGAAUCUUCCGGGUCACAUUCCUUCACCGCAUCUGCCGUCCGCUACCACUUCGGUGCACUAUCAUCAGCACCAGCAACAGCAGCAGCAACAUCAUCAGCAACCGUCGCAGCAGCAGCAUCCUAGUCGUAUAAUUGCGUCGCCACAUUCGCACGGUUCCUCGUAUGGAGGCCGCGUAAUGUCACUACCACCGCAUGGCGUCCCAUCGUCGUCGUCCUCCGCUGCUAUGGCGAACCAUUCGCAGCAGCAGCAACAGCAGCAGAUGCCACCACCUCCUAGUGGAUACCACGCCGGAACGACGCCAUCGCCGCAUCACGAACCGUCGCCGCGUCAUGCCACUCCAUCGCCACAUCACGCGACUCCGUCGCCACAGCGUCAGUCGCCUCACGUGUCCAGCCUGCACAACCCACACGCCUCUCCGUCUCCUCAUCAUACACCCUCGCCGCACAACAGCUUCCAACCUCACUCGCCAACCUACCCGCCGCCUCCUCCGCCGCCGCCACCGCAACAGCAACAACAGCAGCCGUCGGCUUCGUCAAGGUCGACACCACAUUCGUACAAUCUGCCACCGGCCACCUCGCAACACUAUCAAACGAAUUACGUGGCGGCGGUUCGUGACGCGGCGAUGGGGUUGCCUUACGCACCGCCGCCACCGUCCCAGUCUUCGUACCAUUCCUUCCAGAAGAGUCCGCAACCGGAGUCUCAGGGGAGUAGCUAUUAUGCCCAGCCAAGUCGGUCUCAUAGUCAAUCUUACGGCAUGCAGCAGAUGUUGGUGCCACCGCAGACGGUGUACCCGAACACCCCCGGUAGCAACAGUCUAGGUAGCUAUCAGCAAAAUGCCAGCAAGCACGCAACAUACAAUGGCGCGGACGCCACAAAGAGAGGCACGAUUGACGUUACGGCGACAUCCUACGGUACGCAUCGGUCGCCCGUGCAGAGGAGUAGCAACACGCAUAAUUUGCCGCCUAUCGCCGCCCUCUCGUCCUAUCAUUCCAACAGGCGAGAACCAAUGCCGAAAUCGGCACAAACGAUAGCACGACAACGAAUGCAUCCGACGAACGCAACCAGCAAAGUCCCGCCCGUCGUGAUGCCGCCGACGCCUUCGUCUAUAACAAUGCCUCCUCAGAGGCUCGCCGAGUAUCCAAUGACUCCGGUCUCGGCUAUGAAUCACGCGAUACCGGUGAACGGUAGGACAACCACUGUGACGUAUGGUUCACGAUACAGUGGCCAACAAGGCUAUCCAUCAUCGUCAUAUGCCACCACGAUGGCGCCCAGUCAUGCUAACAACUCCACUAGCAGUACCACAGUGACCACUAUCAGUCAUGGUUCAAGUAGCGCAAGGUCUUCCGUUCCAGCGGUCCACAUGUAUCAGUCUUCCGACGAGCCGGAUCGGUCAGCGGGAUCGUCCUAUCAUCACCAUCAGCCAUCGACACGAAUGACGACCGAGAGCUACGCCUACAAAGAAUAUCCUUAUCAGAACCCAGCGUCAACCGGUGGAAGUCAAACAACCUCGGCCACCACUAUGGCGAGUUCUCCGUCACCAAGCAAUGCAGUUCGAAAGAGGGAAUCUCCUUUGGACUUGUCUGUGAAGACUGUUAAGACGUCGGCUGAUUCUACCGCGCAGGAUGAUCUCGAAACUAUCGGUACGGACAAGCAUGUCAGUAGUUCGAGCCUGAGUACAUCUAGAAACAAUGUGAAUAGGCCGAUGCCACCUCCAGCUAUCGUGCAUCAAUCGGCACCAGUACAACCGUCAUACCCGUCGUCGUACGACCAUAGGCCUUCGAGUAACAGUGCAAGGAAUUCCAUGCCUGUGACUUGCGUUCGGACAUCGACGCCUCAAACGGUGUGCGCGCCUAAGGUCGACUUUCUACCAGAUUUUACUUCGGCGCCACUACGUCAUCAGUCGCAUCACGAGAAUCCUCUUCGCAGAAGCACUACGCAGCAGCUUUAUGUUCCACCUGCGCAACCGCUCUCGUCUCAUCACACGAACACCUCUCCACUGCCUCAUAUGUCCACGUUCAAGAAACGUCCACUGCCCACGUCGCAACUGUACGAUGGCCUGACGAUACCAUCGUCGUCUUCGUCGUCAACGUCUGCGUCUUCAUCAUACCUUCAGACGAAUGAUUCGAUGUCCUCAAGAUUCUCCAAGUAUCACCCGAUGAUGGAUCCAUCUCCACGGUUAGGUCCACCCACGUUGCCCACACAGGAUUACCCAGCCGACUCGAGCAAGCACUAUUUAGCGGACAAUAGGGCUAAGUUCGAUCAACAAUUUUCUCAACGCGAACGGAUGCCGUUCAAAAGAACCGGAGAGUCAAUUUAUGGCAUGGGAAGUCCUAGCAAACAGGCUAGAGUCGCUUGGCGAGUACCGAGUACCGAAAAGCAAAUUGUCGAGCCGAAGUUGUCAACUGCGGGUGUGCUAAGCGAACAGCAGAAGCGGCAAGAAAUGAGUUUGUCAGUUCCCCUGCCGAACGGAGCUCUGGCGACAUCCGGCGCCCACGAUCAGAGAACCGACAAUGGUGGUUAUUCGGUGCCGGAAUCGUCCAGAUAUCAAUCGGUAUACUGUGAUAAAAGGACUUAUCCGGAGUCCAAAAUCGUACGCAGCUCGCCGUCGUCGUAUAAUCAUCCGGUGAUCUCGAAAUCCGCGAGUGUACAUUCGUUACCGCAACAACUAAGCGGUACGCAAUUGACCUACCCGAAUUAUCGCCAAUCAGUUCAAAAGACGACGUGUCCUCCGAGUGGGAUAUCUGGUGGUCAACCGGUGGAUCCACCUAGCAAUACCGGCGCCGAUAAGAGAGUGCUCAGCUUGCUGAGAAACAGCCUGGAGAACAAGCAACAGAGGGAUGAGCAACUCAACAGCCAGCAGCCUAUCUUAGUCAAUCACAACCAACAAAGCUUCCAGAAUAAGGUCGUCGCGCCAGUUGAGCCUAAGAGCAUCGGCAGGCACAAUCUGUCACCAUUCACGGCGGCGAGUUUGCUCGAGCGUAACAGCAACACGCCGCCGCAUUACAAGUUCCACGUUCCACGAGCAGUAGACUCGAUCACUCAGGAAGUGCCACGCAGCAUGUACGCCUCGAGAGUGAAUGCAUCCGCCACGCUUCCUGGCAAGGAAGCUUCCCUCGCGGGACCACGUGGCGCAAGGGAAAGCGAGAACCAAAUCCAUCGUGACAAGGACGACGGCCUUGCUGCUAUCUUAGCUGCGAAGAUCAGGACGAAAGCGGAAUUGAAACAAGUCGGAACUGGCCAAUUUACAACAAAAGCACCUUUUGUACCUUCUCAGGAUGCGUCGUCGACGCCCAGAGAGAUCGAUAGUGCGGCUUCGACAUCGACGCCACAGUCUGGCUCAUCUGCAGGUAGCCCACCGAAAUUAACGCGUGAGAAAACUGUCUGUUUGCCACCCAGAAGACGCUUGUUUUCAAGAACCGAUGAGGACAAUCUGCCGGUAGCGGCGACUGUACCCGUCGCCGUUACAGUUGCGUCCGUGGUCCCGGCUAGAGCGAGUGGAUGCAGAAGCUCCUCCGAAACGUCGGUGUUCGACUUUCGGGAGAGCGAUUCCGAAGGCGAGAUGCCAGUUCUUGAGCGACAAACCUUAGAAGAAAUGAGAAGAGACAGGAAACAGUUGUCCAAAGUGCAACCUCCGAUACCUCUCAAUGAUGCUGUAUGUAUGAACAUGGCAUCCUCGACGGAUCUCGUGAAGAUAGAACUAAAGGAAAACGAUAAAAUCAACGAUAUUGAUUCAUUCUGGAAUAACACCUGUGAUAAAUUUAUGGAGCAAUUACGCGUGGGUGAUGCCGUAAAGAAACGAGGACGUAAGAAAAAAGUAAGCAGUAUUACAACAUCGAAAGUUGAAAAUGCAGUUAAUGAUAGCGAUAAGGAAUCAGAUACCAAUGCAUCUCAUACUCGAAUUAAGCCUGAAGAUAUCAAAAAGGAAAUACCGGAUCCGGCUACAACAGAAGAUAAAAAUUUGAUCUUCAAGGAUAUCAAGAUCAAGACGGAGCCUGGGCUGAAAGAGGAUGACAAACACUCGAGUGAUGAUUCAGAUGAAGUGCCGUUAAUUAAAAGAAAAAAGCAGGAAGUGAAGAAGGAAGAUAGUGACUGUGAUGAGGAAGUGAUAUGUCGAAGAAGACGUAUUCGUCGCGGUGGUAGAAUCAAGCUUGAAUCUUCUAGUGGUAGCGAAUCCUCGAGCGAAGACAGUGAUGCCAGUACAGAGUUCGGCCAUGGUUCCUCAGUGGCUGACAGACUUCGCGCUAGAAAACGAUCUAUAGUUAACGUAUCCGAAGGUAUGAAGCUUCGUUCGAGGGACGCUACUCCUCAAAAGGCAAAGACGGAGAAGGAAUCCAAAUUAUCGCCUCCUAAAGGUGGAACAUCUCAAAAAACGAAACUGAAACCAUUAUUCGGUGACGGUAGUGAUUUCAGACCCGGUUGGGAGGAGGAGGUUUAUGUAUAUAAAAAAUCACUGAGAAUGCCACCCAGGUUGAUAACAGUGUCAAAACCAUCGCGCUUUCAUCGACUGUCUACAUCGUUGCCUGAUUUAGAUCCCGGCUCACCGGCAUUGUCCGUCUCGAUGGACAGUUCCGACAUGUGUCUCAGCCGUAAUAAGAGAGACAGCGACAUGGAGUCCAAUUACAGCUUCAGCAUUAUGGGGCUCGGCAGUAAGAUUGAUGAUGAGGAGGCGACUUCGUCGACAACAGUUUCCUGCCCGCCGAAAGCCAUGAUGAAACAUUUCCGAUCGGAGAAUAAUUCUAUCGUCGAUGUUCUCGCGCAGAAAGUUGGAAGUGGUAGUGGUCAGAAAGAUUCGAAAAAGAAACAGAAUCUGAAAAAUAAUAAAAAUGUUAACGUUAAUAAGAGUAGCAAUGAACCGGAACUUUUACCAACACCGGGUCUCACACCACUUCUAUCAUCUGAGACUUCAAAAGGUUCUAAAAACAAGAUUGCACUGAAGAAUAAUAGAAAUCCGAUUAAAGUUACCAACUCCGUCCUCCUCGGUUUCCGUAAAGAGACAGUCAACAAUUUCCGUGAUGCGUUUAAGAACAAUCACUCGUUGCCUAACGAAUUCUCCACUUUAGUAUUGAAGAGCAGAACGAGAACGGAGACGAAAGUUUUGAAAAAGGAGACAACUAUUCGUGAAGUGUUCGGCGAGGAUAGGCCUGCGUCAGCUCCACCAAUGCAGAAUCACGAUGACACGUCGCAAGACGAUGAUUCACAAAACGAAACGCCGGAAAACACAUUGGGAAAGGUACGAACGUUGAAGCAAAAAGUGGUGUCUCGUUUGAGAAACGCUGGUAUACUACGAAGUCAUAAGGCGAUUGAGAAUUCAAAACGUCGUCUAUUAACUGCCGAGAGGCGAAAGGAUCUACUUAAGUCGCUUGCUAAUAAGAAACUACAUCGUAUCAAAACUGAGAUAGAGCAGGAAGAGACAAACGAUCCCAGAGAGGAGGAAAAUAACGAGAUGGAGGAUGACAAAAAUGAUUUAGAAAGUCGUAACAAAAAGAAGUUGAAGCUUCGACCUGGUCGACGGAAAUUCCGUUCUGGAUUUGAUUACAUCCGUAAAAAGAAGAAACCGCUAAAAAAAGAUGAGGCGUUACCAAAAGAAAGAAAGAGACAAAGCCAAACUAACAAACCAAGUCCGGAGUGUGUAGCCGAUAUUCAGUCUGAGAUUAGGACAUGGGUUAUCAAGAAAGGCGUCGGAGAAACCAUAUUACAUCGUGCUGCUCGUCUCGGUUACACGGACGUGACUGCUUAUUGUCUGGAAAAGCUCAAUAGCGCGCCAAGUCCCAAAGACAACGCGGGAUACACACCACUUCAUGAGGCAUGUUCGAAGGGUCAUCUGGAGAUCGCGAAACUUUUGCUGGCUUACGGAGCGAAUGUUAGCGAGAGCGCUAAUGGUGGUAUCAGGCCACUUCAUGAAGCGGCGGAGAAUGGUGCUACGGAGCUUGUGCGAUUGCUCUUGUCUUAUGGUGCUGAUCCAUUGUUGGCUACUUAUUCCGGACAAACGCCUUUGAUGCUAGCUGUUGACACCGAGGCUAAUUCCAUUCUAGAACAGCAUCUGGCAGACAUCCAAGGUCGUACCACUGUACCAUGGUCAUUCGCCGGUCCAUCUUCUAUUUUAGAUCCAGAAGAGACGGGCUACAAUCCGUUCGAUGAUGUUCCGUUAGACAAUCCUGAAUCAACUGAGUUAGAUGAUAUUGAAAUGGAAGUAAGCGACAUCAACCUGCCUGUUCUCUUCACUCUGAAUAACGAUCCCGAUAAGUGGGUGUUGCUUCAAGAUCUUAUGACGAGUUUGAGGAUAAAAAGUCGCGACGCUCUUCUUCGCCAAAUUAAUCCAAAAGCACAUUCUGGGCCACCUGCGAUUGCACAUCGCGAUGUCAUGCGUGAGCUAAAACUGCCUGAUUUCCUGGAGCAGACUCGCUGCUGUCACCUGAGCGGCGGCGAAAAAAUCAAUGUGCGUGGCUCCAAGGUUGCACUUAUCAAGUACAACGACAAGGUGAAGUCCCUGCUGAACGUGGAGAAAGUGUUGAUUAGUCUUAGGUGACAAGAGGCGUCUCUGGGGCGAUCAUCUCCCCAGACAUCAAAACCAUCGACUUCGAUUCCGACCAAGGAACAUCAGAAGAAAGUUGAAAGCAAAUCUACUAUGAAACGCGAGCGUCAACAAGGAAGAAAACGACAAGAUACUCGUAACAAAAAUAUGACAGACUAAGCGAUUCACUCUGUAGCCAAUGAUUUAUCUUAAUAUAAUGACUUUAUAAUUAUAUCAAUAUAAUUAUAAAAAUUAUAACGAUUUAAGAGUUAACGCUGAAAAGUGAAUAAUGUUAUAAGAGCAGAUCAUUUUGGUAACUAUUUGACAAUGCGUUAAGAAAUAAGAGGAAUAGGUUCCUGCACACACAUGUGGUAAGAAUCCUAAAUGACUUAUGCAAGUCCGGUUUGUCUGGAAAGCUCGUCCCCGAAGAAAGACUGAUUGACACAACAAUGAAGAUCGGUGCUUUUACGUGUGUCCAAAGACUGACUUCUCGAUUUAUCUUAUGCUCUGAAGAUAAAUCGAACUGCUCGACACUAAUGAUUGAUUUUCUCCUCUCGAUUUCUUAUAGUGCAGAAUAUAACAAAAUGGAGCUUGUCUAAAGUGAUAAGAAAUACGCACAUAAUCGGUUCCGUUCCUUCAUUUAACUGAUGAAUUUGUCAAUCGAAAUAAAGUCGGUAAUAAUACCGAUAUUUUGCCGGGAGCGUAACGCGCAAUUAAACUAACUUUGAAGCACAUAGCUGUACAAAUGUUUUAAGCAAAACUAUGUACUAAUGCGCAGCUAAAAGUGGAAAAACAGCUACCUGUGACAUUAUAUAACAGUAUUUAAUUGGGAUAUAUACGUAAUAUAUACCCAUAGAACGAGGAUAUUUUAUUAAUUCUCUUAAGGACUGAGUAAAUAAUCAGAAGUUCGUUAACGUAACGCUUUUAGGCGAAUGAAAAGAGGGAGACAUGUUGUUUGAACGAUUACUACGUCGAGAAAAUGAAAAGUCGUUGACAGUAAGUUUCUUUCAAUCGUCGAACCAAGUCUCGGAAUAGUAAUAAUAAAAAUAAUAAAACGUAAAUAGAGAGUAAUAAUAAUUAUCUUAAGAGUGCGAGAAAACGUAGCUGAUCAUACCAGAUAUAUUUUUAUCUUGUACGUGGCUUCAAGAAGUUUCUCUGUUUAUAAGGGACUUCAUUCCGAAAUUCAAUGGAAUUGGAACGCGCGCCCAUGUGCAUUAAUGUUAAUUUUUCCUCUUUGAGCUACUACUACAGAACGCGUCGUUGGAAAACGAGAAUCGUCGUUAAGAGAGCGUAACAUAAUUGAAAUUGCUAUCAUGAAUGAUAAUGUUACCACAGCUUAGUCUUUGUUUUUUCUUAUGUUAGAGAAGGUGUAUAUUAUACCGUGCGAGUUAUAUUUAUGAAAUGUGUUAAUUGACCAUUGCGAAUAGGUGCUUGAAAAGUUAGAUAAGUUGAAUUUCAAUUCACUGAGUUCAGAAUAAUAUUUGGCCCAUUGAGGACACACCGUCAUACAUAUAAAGGUGCAUAUCUGUUGUCUAUUUUUAAUAUUUUGCUAUUUUUAAUAUAUGUAACUAAAUAUACAGCUAUAUAUGUGUAUAUGUAUAUACAUGCGUAUAUUGUGUAUAUUUGUAUAUGUAUACAUAUAUACAAAAAAAUAAUUUUUUAAUUUAUACGAGAAGCUUUUCGUUUUUAUACAGCUUCCAAUGUAGUAAUUAAUUUUAAUUCGAACAAAAGAUAGACUCAGCAAAUGUCAAUGGCUCAAUUGUAAUGUGGCAAGUGCAAUUCACGGAAUAAAUGUUUUUGUUUCGUUGAUGGUCUAAGUAUAUGAUCAUAACUAUUUCCGGAAUGUAAAGAAGGUAGACAAUUAUUUCAAAGAACUGUAAAGCGGUUAAAAACGCCGUUUAAAAACGCUCACUGUGCAAUAAUAUAUCCGUUUUUCUUUUUUUACAUUUUAUGUUCAAAUUAUUCCUGUUUUUGUGUGAUCAUGUCAAGACAAUGUUAACGCGUCGUAUUGGCGACCCGAGAUACUUGCUAACAAAAUCUCUAAAAUGAAACAGAAUUCUUUGUAAAACACAGAGAUACACUUGUAUUAUAAUAAAAUAUAGUAAAUCAGAGAAAAGCUCAAAUUGGUAAAAAUAGUUAAUAAUAAAAACGAUAACAUUUUGAUUUUGUAAUUAUCUCGAUAUACAGAAUUCUGGAAUAAAAAAGAGAUAAAUCAGCCAGUAUCGAUCACCAAAACGAUGCCGUAUUUAAUCGAAGCAAUUUAGGAAUGCAAAUUUUAUACAGAUAAGAAAUUAUUUUAAGAAUCAAUUCGAGAAGGAUGAUAUUGAUUGUACUUAUCGUCUCGUGAUGUUACUGUAUUGCUUUUCGGACAAACGGAAAUAUUUAGCGUGUGCGUAGGAAUGUUGCAAAGCGAGACGAGAGAAAAAAAAGAAUAGUUCGCGGAAUAGUUCGGUUUCGCUUAGAAUGCUUAGGAUGCCGUAAUAUGCGUUUAUUUUGGCGCUAUGUGCAGCACAGAGGUUUCAAUCGUUAUAAUCAGUCUCAGGGAAAAAUCCACGUAUUCUUGAAAAUAACUUGACGGUGUACCAAUUGCAGAUGCGUAUGUCACUGCAUGUGUUUGUGCAAGCGACGCGUAUCAGUGCGUAUGUGUGUACAGUAGCUAGUUGAAGAAAAAAGAUACUCCCGUUACAAGGGAUAAUUAAUUAAUAUCUAAUUAAUUGAGUGAUAUUAAUUAAUGUUAAUAUACGAUGCGAUACGUCGUGUGUUUACACGACGACGUGCAUUCGGGCGACUCCUUAUAAUUUUUAUUUAGUUGACUAUAUCGAGAGAAUGGGAUGCGGUUACAUUAUACUGAUUGUAUAUACCGACAUAUUUUCAGUGAGGAAAAACGUAAUAAAGAUAAAGGGGAGCGAAUUGUGCAAGAGUUACUUUUCUGUCUGACAAAUAAGAAACCGUGGUGUACGUAUUGUAUGUAUUGUACUGUAUAUCUUUUAUUCUUAAGUAGUUAAAGUAUAAAUAGACCGCGGUACUUGUUUAUAUUAGCGUAUACUAUUUAUGUAUAAUAUAAAGCAUUAACCGACCUCGAGAUAGUCACGUUGUAAGACAUAAGAUCUACUAAAUAUGUACAUAUGUCACGUUGCGACUACUAGAAAUAUUUACUACUAUAUUAUUACUGCUACUAUCACUACCGUGACUAUAGCUACUAUUAUCACUACUGCUGCUGCUGCUACUCUAUCAUUAUUAUUCUCUAUGACUCUACGCGCUUUUUUAUUGUACCAUAUAUACAUAGUAGUUAAAUGAUGGAUGUACAUUUUCUUAGUCGUGUAACAUUCACAUAACGCCUCUCCCUUCUAUUGCCCCCCUUGUAUUUAUAUAUUCAAAAAAAACUUCUAAAUGUGUUAAUGCUGCUGCUUUAAUGCGGAUAAAGAAAAAAAACAGAAGUUAUAUUAUAUAAAUAUAUAUAAAUAUAUACAUAUUAUAUAUAUGUAUAUAUAUGAAUAUAAUAUACAUAUAUAUGUGUAUAUCUAUAUAUAUAAAAGAUAUGAACAAAUAUAUAAAUAUAAAUAAAUAUAUAUAUAUACAAAUAUAUUUUAUUUCAGAGAUUUAGUUCGAAACAACGUUGAAGCUGAUGAACAAAUUAGAGUCGUACUGUGAUUCGUGUAAAGAGGAAAUCGUUAUUAUUGUCAUUGCCGUAGUCGUUACAAGCGAGUCACGAUGGACCCGACGAAUAACUUUCUAAAUGAAGAAAAACAUAUUUGUGAUUUUUUUUCGCUAAUAUAACAAUAAUGAGUUAUCCGAUCGAUGUAAUAAAAACAAGUAUUUUUACUGAAA